UUGCCCCGGAGCCGGCUGGGAGUUGUAGUCCCGUCCCCGGCCCGCGGCGCUGGCACCGGAGGCGCCCAGGAAAUACAGUUCCCACGGAGCAUUGCGGCCGGCUGGGGUUUCCCUUCGUCUCCUAGGCAGGGCAGAUCCACCUCUUUGCCUUCCCCCCCCCCUCCCCAGUCCACCCAAGCUCCCCCAUCGUGUUUUUUUCCUCUCUCUCCCCUUCCCCACCCCAAAGAAGCAUCUGCGACAGCGGUCCAGCAGGUUGGCAGCGCGACAGGACUUGUCCUGGUAUCGAUGUCAAGCUGAUCUGUCGCUAGUUAUCAGGAUCAACACUGGCCUAUCUCUAGUCUCUAGUCUGCAGAAACCUCACCUGUUCUCCAAGAAUUCUCGAAGAUUGUAAACAGAGGCUCUGAGAUUAUAUCCGCAAGUUCCUUUAGUACCCUUGGGUGCAGCUUGGGUGGAGAUUUGAAUUCGUUUAUAGUAGAUCUGCUCCGGACGUCCCUUCCUCCCACCAUGUCAGAGCCUAUAACACUAAACGUUGGUGGGAAGCUGUACACAACAUCGCUGUCCACCUUGACCAGCUUCCCAGACUCCAUGCUGGGUGCCAUGUUCAGCGGGAACCUGCCAACCAAGAGGGACAGCCAAGGCAACUGCUUCAUCGACCGGGACGGCAAGGUUUUCCGCUACAUCCUCAACUUCCUGAGAACCUCCCACCUGGACCUCCCAGAGGACUUCCAAGAAAUGGGCCUGCUCCGCCGAGAAGCAGAUUUCUACCAGGUGCAGCCGCUGAUUGAGGCCCUGCAGGAGAAGGAGGUGGAGCUCUCUAGGGCGGAGAAGAACGCCAUGCUCAACAUCAGCUUGGACCAGAGGACUCAGACGGUUCACUUCACCGUCCGGGAAGCUCCCCAGAUCUACAGCUUGUCCUCUUCCAACAUGGAAGUGUUCAACGCUCACAUUUUCAGCACCUCCAGUUUGUUCCUCAAACUUCUGGGCUCCAAACUCUACUACUGUUUCAACGGCAACCUGUCCUCGAUCUCCAGCUACCUGCAGGAUCCCUACCACGUGACCUUGGAUUGGGUUGCCAGCGUGGAAGGGCUGCCGGAAGAGGAGUACACCAGGCAGAACUUAAAGAGGUUGUGGGUCCUGCCGGCCAAGAAGCAGAUCAACAGUUUCCAGGUGUUUGUAGAGGAGGUACUGAAAAUCGCCAUGAGCGAUGGCUUCUGCGUCGACUCCUCUCACCCGCACGCCUCGGAUUUUAUGAACAAUAAAAUUAUCCGGCUAAUACGGUACAAGUAGGCUUCACCCUCCGUUCCGCUACACAUAGCAACGAUGCGCUGAGGUUCGUGUCUGGAUACGGGUUUACCUCUUCGAGCCCGCUUCACGAAUCGUGUGCUAAUAACCUGAAUUAUGAAGUUAGUUUUCUGCUUAACAGACUAACCAGUGUAUGUCAAAACUCCAGAUUAGGGAUGUGUGACAGAUUGGUUUGUGGGCCAGGUGGUAGCAGGGACGGAGGAAGAUCUCUGGUUCCGUGUCAACCAAUUGCCUUUCUUCUAAGAUGCAUCAUCGGGAAGGGACGAGUCUCUUCCUGUGGGCACCGGCAAUGACAUCAGCACCGGGGGCAUUAUGUACUGCCCUUGUUUGCCCCCCUUGCAUGUUCGAUGCUAUAUUGUGCCCAGCGAGGAAGAGGCAGAAAGGGCGAGGGAGGGGGAAGGUUGAUGGAUAAAUCUGUUUCCCAAACGGCACGAUGCCAGAAUGAAGCUGUUCGUCCCUUAUCUGUGGGGUUGACAGGGCAAAAUAGCAAUAUUGAACUAUUUACACAGAGACUGGGAGUUGUGAAGAGAUCCCACAUUUUGUUUAAUGACGGGUGACUCAUCAUUUUAACCUCUCUGCCUCAUUUUUCCCACUGGGAAGAGACUUGUGCAAUCUUAACUUACUAUGAAGGGCAGCCGAGCGGCUAAAGGCGGUUAAGGAUGUCUGUGUUUGUGCAAGAGCUGGAGGAUUCAGGGUGAGAGAGACUUUCUGACCCGAGCAGGGCAUGACAGCCAUUGGAGUUGAUUCCCUCCUCGGUCACAUUAUAAUGUCUCUGGUACGUAGAUAGGAAAUUGCCCAAGUUUCCCCAGUGCAGCAGUUUGCCUCCAUGCUGUCGCUGUUUCCUUUAACGUGAGUGUCCAGUUGUAAGAUUCAAACGGUCUGAAGAGGCGGCCUCUGGAAUAUUUGGGGCUUUUGCCUGCGGUACAAAAUGGAGCAUGGCCUCAUGGUACUAGGCUAUUGGGGGAUAUCUGUCUCUGCUUUGCAUGCAGAAGGUUCCAGGUUCAAUCCCCAGCUUCUGCAGAUACGACUGGGAACAUCCCCAACUGAACUCUGAAGUGCCACUGUCGGUAUGUGUGGAUGAUACCGCGCUAGGGAAACAAAUGGUCUUGGUAAAACGCCAGCUUCCUAUGACCCUGUUUGUUCCAAAGGAGAAAGGAAGCAUCUGAAAACUGCCUAGCAUCUAUGUGGAGAGUGCAGCUAACAGGCACUAGUCAAAUGCAAGAUCAUAGAAUUGCAGAGUUGGAAGGGACUAUGUGGGUCAUCUAGUCCAACCCCCAACCGUGGGGCUCGAACCCAUAGCCCUGAGAUUAAGAGCUACAUGGCUCAGGGCUGAGCUACGUGGCUUAGGGCCAUGAUAUCUCCUUCCAGCCUUUCCAGAACCAGCCAGCAAAGGGAGUAUUUUGCAGCUGGUUACCCCAGCACUCAUAAUAAUAAUACAGUGGUACCUCGGGUUACAUACGCUUCAGGUUACAGACUCCGCUAACCCAGAAAUAGUACCUCGAGUUAAGAA